AUGGCGGAGAUACAGCAAAGACCCAUUUCUACUCCACAAUAUAAGCCUCAUUCAACGGAGACGAUGAAAGCAGCCGUAUGGCUGGGUCGACGACAGAUCGAAAUCGUCAAGGUUGCCAAACCAUCCAUCACCGAACUAGCCGAUGCCAUCGUUCGGAUUACUCAUACUACAAUCUGCGGCUCGGACCUAUACAUAUACGAAGGGGAUCUGGACAGGUCUAUGGAGAAAGGAAGAAUCAUGGGUCAUGAGGCUAUUGGUUUCGUUGAAAAAGUGGGAAGCGCCGUGAGCCGUCUGAAGGUUGGCGAUCGGGUCAUCAUUCUGCCCAUCAUUGCCUGUGGUCAAUGCCAGUACUGCAAGAAACAGCAAUACGCAUUAUGCGAUACCACUAAUGGAUCGGAGGAGAUGGAGGCAAAAUAUGGACACCGACUUUCCGGUACCCUGGGUUCCUCCGAGCUGAUGGGUGGAUAUUCCGGUGAUCAAGCCGAGUAUUGUCGCGUCCCAAACGCAGAUCUGACUUGCAUCAAAGCACCCGAUGAUAUCCGGGCAAAAAAGCUCCUUGGUUUGGCAGACGUGACAACGUCGGCCUGGCAUGGAUGCGAAUUAGCCGAAGUUGGGAAAGGGGAUAUUGUGGGUGUCUGGGGUUGCGGAGCCGUGGGUUUGUCAAUUCAGCGCCUGGCAAAGCUGCGUGGAGCCAGUAAAGUGUUUGCAGUUGACAAGGAUCAAACCAGGUUACAGAUUGCAGAGAGCUUUGGCAUGAUCCCAGUUGAUGUGGUGGCACAUCCGAAUGUGUCCAAUUACAUCUUGUCGGUACAGCCUCAUGGGCUCGAUUGUGGUAUAGAGGCCAGUGGGUUCCGCAGCAUAAACACACCAAAGCAUGCGGCCAUGCGGUAUAUGAAAGCCGAGACGGAUAGUGGCGAUACUGUUCACGCAGUCCUCAAAUCUACCCGUAAAGGAGGGCACAUUGCGCUGACUGGCGACUUCUUCUGGGGAACCAAUGACUUUCCUAUCGGAAUGCUCAUGGAGAAGGGAAUUACUGUCAGAGGCGGACAACACUUCGGUUCAAAGUACUAUCCGCAUCUGCUUAACCUCGUGAUCGAGGGAAAAUAUGAUCCCUCGUGGAUGUUUACGUACGAUGACGAGUUUGAGAAUAUUAGCGAGGAUUAUCGACUAUUUGCUCGACAUCAAAUUCCUGGUGGACUAAAAGUGUGUCUAACAACAGAAUACGGGCGUCAAAAGGAAGCAAAAUAA